AUGUGUGAGCGGCUUGGCAUGACUAUUAUCUGCCUCCAGCCAUUCUCCAUGUACGAAGGCCUGCUGGACCGGGCCGAGUCCGACCGUAUGCUCAACGAUAAGCUGCCCAAGUGGUUCACACUCGCGCGAGCUCUUGGAACCGAUAUGAUCCAGGUUCCCUCCAACUUCCUCGGCCCAGACCCCAAGACUGGUGCACCCCGGACAACGGGCGACCGCGCCGUCAUCGUGCGUGACCUGCAGCGCCUUGCAGACUUGGGUGCUGGUGCUGGCUUCCGAUUCGUCUACGAGGCUCUGUGCUGGGGCGAUCAUGUCGAUACCUGGGAGGCUUCCUGGGAGGUCGUCCGCGACGUUAACCGUCCUAACUUUGGACUCUGCUUAGACUCGUUUAACAUUGCCGGUCGUGUAUAUGCCGACCCGGCUUGCCCUACCGGUUGCACUCCUAAUGCUGCCGCUGACCUCGCUGCUUCCCUUGACCGUCUGCGUAAGGCGAACAUUGACCCCGCGAAGAUCUUCUACGUUCAACUCGUUGAUGGUGAACGUUUGACUGCUCCUCUUGACGAGAAGCACCCCUUCCACGUGCCAAACCAGCCUGUCCGCAUGAACUGGUCCCGCAACGCCCGUCUCUUCCCCUUCGAGGAGUCCCGUGGUGGAUACCUGCCUAUUGUCGACGUUGCCCGUGUAUUUUUCGAGGACCUUGGCUUCAAGGGCUGGGUCUCGCUCGAGCUUUUCAGCCGCACCCUUGCCGACCCCGACCCAUUUACGCCCGCUGACCAUGCCCGUCGUGGUAUCGACUCCUAUAACAAGGCUGCUCAAUUAUUUAACUUUGAAGAAAAGGAACAGAAGAGCUUCAGUUUUACUCCUGUUCCGGAGCCUUCUUCUCCUGUCCAGCACCGUCUGUAA